AUGUGUGUAAUGUGGUUCACGAGCGCCGUAUUGGCGCUGAGUGCCGUUCUACCGGCUUGGAGUGCAUCUCUUUCGAUGACGGGGGCUCGUUACCAGGCCCCCGACGAGUGCAGGUGGACCACCGACGAGGAUGACGCCGGAGUGGCGUUACAAUGCCGACUUAGGACUAUCAAUAGUGAACUAGAAAACACAAAUUUUAGCGCCAUUCAACCUCAUCUCACCGUAAGACUGCGGCUAGAAUGCAGCGAUGCACUAUUUUUUCAAAGUUCCCUGGCGCCAGCGAGUUUUCGACAGCUAGUGGAGUUAAGGGAGCUCACAAUAGAAUACUGCAAAAUAGGAAACCUCUCUGAUGGCGCUUUCACCGGCCUCAGGGAACUUCGCAACUUGACAAUACGAACGCACAAUACGGACUGGUCUACUAUGUCCCUCGAAGUCACACCCACUGCCUUCUCGAGAGACGUGCAAAACUUAGAGCGAUUAGAUCUCAGUGAAAACAACAUGUUGACGUUUCCCGAUGGAGCGUUGUGUACGCUCAGGAACCUCGAGUACUUAAAUAUGACUGGAAAUAGAAUGAGAGACGUUAGCCAUUUUCAGUUUUCAAGUGCGCAUCGCCACCCUACAGAAAAGUGCGGCGACAACCUCAUUGUGUUGGAUUUAUCGAGAAAUCUAAUUGACACUUUACCACCAGGACUUUUAUCUGGAUUAAAAAGGCUGCAAAAAUUGUAUAUUCAAGGAAAUGGAUUAACAUCAGUGGCAGAUAGGGCCCUCGAGGGGCUCGUGUCUCUGACGACGGUUAGAUUCUCUGAUAAUCAGCUGGCGAGCCUUCCGCCGGAAUUAUUCAGCGACACGAAAGAAUUAAAGGAGAUAUAUUUAAACAAUAACACGAUUACGGUCCUCGCUCCGGGAUUAUUUAGCGAUUUAUUCCAACUUCUAGUCUUAGACUUAUCCCACAACGAAUUAACCUCGGAUUGGAUUAACACGUCUACAUUUUCCGGAUUAAAACGACUCGUUUUUUUAGACUUCUCACACAAUAGAGUUUCGAAGAUGGAAAUAGCUCUGUUUAGGGAUUUACACAAUUUGCAAAUUCUAAAAAUGCAAGAUAACUUCGUGGAACACAUUCCCGAGAACGUGUUCAGCUCGCUCGGCAAUUUGCAUACGCUAAUAUUAUCAAACAACCGAUUGACAAACAUCGAGAGUUACUCGUUCAGUGGGCUGUCCGCAUUAUCCGUCUUGUCGAUAGACAGCAACCGAAUAACAAAAAUACACCCGCACGCCUUACGCAACUGCACGUCCCUACAAGAUUUGCAUAUAAAUGGAAAUAGACUGGACGAUGUUCCCAUCGCACUCAAAGAAAUCCCACAGCUUAAAACUUUAGACUUGGGAGAGAACUUAAUAGUGAGCAUUGAAAACGCAUCUUUUAUGACCAUGCAACAGAUGUACGGUUUGCGCUUAACGGAAAAUAAUAUUGGAAAUAUCAGCAAAGGCGUGUUCGACAAAAUGACUUCCUUGAAGAUUCUCAAUUUAUCUAGAAAUAAAAUCCACAAAAUUGAGGCUGGCGCUUUCGACGGAAACGUGAAUCUUCAGGCAAUAAGACUAGAUGGGAAUUACUUGACCGACAUCGGCGGUCUUUUCGCAAAGUUACCUAAUUUGGUAUGGCUGAACAUUUCCGAUAAUCGCCUCGAAUGGUUCGACUACGCUAUGAUUCCGACCGGAUUGCAGUGGCUGGACAUUCACGCCAACAGGAUCGCUGAACUUGGAAAUUACUUCGAGAUUGAAUCACAACUGUCGCUCAGUACCUUUGACGCGAGCUCUAAUCGCCUGACUGAAAUAACCGGAAGUGCAAUACCAAACUCUGUCGAAAUGCUAUAUUUGAAUGACAAUCUGAUAUCUAAAGUCCAAUCGUACACAUUCUUCAAGAAACCCAAUUUAACGAGAGUCGAUUUAUACGGCAAUAAAAUAACGAGUUUAGACCCGAACUCUUUGAGAAUAUCCGCAGUGCCUCAAGAUAAAUCGGUGCCCGAGUUCUUCAUAGGCGGAAAUCCAUUAGAAUGUGAUUGUACCAUGGAAUGGCUACAAAAAAUAAACACAGGAAACAGAGCGCGAACGCAACCCAAACUAAUGGACUUGGACAGCAUUUAUUGUAAACUGUUGUACAACCGCGGCAACUCAUAUGUGCCGCUGGUGGAGGCCGCGUCGCACCAGUUUUUGUGUAAAUACGAGUUCCAUUGCUUCGCCCUGUGCCACUGCUGCGAUUUCGACGCCUGCGAUUGCGAAAUGACCUGCCCCAACAACUGCACUUGUUACCACGAUCAGUCGUGGUCGGCGAACGUCGUGGAAUGCACUAACGCGGGCUAUGUGAACUCUUUACCCGAUCGCAUACCGAUGGAGGCCACACAACUGUAUCUCGACGGUAAUGACAUAAAAAUGCUGCCAAGUCAUGCGUUCAUCGGCAGAAAGAGGCUAAAAGUUCUGUACUUGAACUCGUCUAAUAUAGAAACAAUACAUAAUCGUACGUUCAACGGAUUGAAAGAGUUAGAAAUACUGCAUCUGGAUUAUAACAACUUAUCGGCGAUCGAGGGGCAGGAGUUCGACGGUUUAGAUAACUUGCGCGAGUUAUAUAUAAACAAUAACAAAAUCAAAAGUAUCGGAAAAGAAAUGUUCAACCAUAUGGCCCGCUUGAAAGUUCUACAUCUGCACAACAAUAGACUGGUGACGUUAACUGUGUGGCAAAUCAACCCCGCGAUUACCUCUAUAACUCUCUCUUACAACCCGUGGUCGUGUGACUGUGAAUAUACAGAAAUGUUUCGCGAGUGGACGAAGCGAGUGACAUCGAUAACGGACGUAUCCAACCUAAGAUGUAUCUAUUCACGUAACGAUACUAAUGUGACAGAAUACAGCGAUGCUAUGUUUAGUGAUUCGAACUCUGGUUUCAACAUAAUCGAAGAAAACGGUACCAUAUGCACAGGGCUUCCGAGCAUAAACAACAGUGUAAACGGAAAUCUAACCGCGACCAAAACAAUAAUUACAAACGAAGAUGUGCAAGACUACAUUCCGUUACUAGUGUCGACGCUCGGUGCAUUUUUAGUGGUUCUAUUCGCCGUCAUGAUAGUGUUCAUAUUUAGGCAAGAGAUGAGAGUGUGGUUCCACUCUAGGUUCGGUGUGAGAUUAUUUUACAAGGCGAGUGAGGUGGAUAGAGACGAUAGAGAGAAAUUUUACGACGCGUUCGUGAGUUAUAGUUCUAAAGAUGAAGCCUGGGUCACGGAAAAGCUCGCGCCGAUGCUGGAGCGAGGCGACCCCGCCUACAAACUGUAUCUGCAUUACCGAGACUUCCCCGUCGGCGGAUACGUGGCCGACAACAUAAUACAGGCCGUCGAGUCAUCUCGACGCACCAUCAUGAUUCUCAGUGAAAACUUCAUCAAGUCCGAGUGGUGUCGCUUCGAGUUCAAGUCGGCGCACCAUCAAGUGUUGCGCGACAGAAGGCGUAGACUAAUAGUGAUAUUAUUAGGUGAAGUGCCGCAGAAGGAUCUCGAUCCUGAUAUAAGACUGUACCUUAAGACUAAUACGCAUAUACAAUGGGGUGAUAAACAGUUCUGGGAGAAGUUGAGGUUCGCGCUGCCGGACGCGCACGGUAAGGGACGAUGUCGAGGCAUGCCUAGUCCCAAUACCAGCGCUAUGGCCAUGCAUCGGCACCACCACCCGAGGAGCCAUUUGGGCGCGUUGCCACCGCCACCCGUACACGGGGCUCACCCCGUGUUACCUCCGCAUCCGUCUCACCCUGCCCACCAGUUGCCCGCCCGAUCGUCGCCGAGAAACCUCUCCGUCCAUGUGUAG